AUGGGACAGCAGGGUCGACCAGUACACACGAAGAUCAAGUAUUUUGAUGAUCCAGGUGUACCUCUGGUGCCCAUGAUAAUUGGAGGUCCGGAACCCGGCAAGCCUCAACCCAAAGUCGAGAUCCCUACAACCAUCACCGACAUCACUGGGAGAGAGAAUGAGUUUACUCUCGACGUUCAAGGUUUCCACUAUGUAAAGCAUCAAAGUCAAUUGACCAACUGGGAUGAUGAUGAGGAAAUCAAGCGGGUCAACUAUCCCGAAAUGGAAAAGCUGUGCUGGAAGGUCCUAUCCGAAACUGAGAAUCUCCCUAAACCCUGUCUGGUUCAUAUCAUGACACACAUCAUCCGUCGCAGUCCCAAGGAUGAAGAAGGCCCAAAAGGUCCGGCGCCUUUGUACGGGGUCCACAAGAACUCCUCAAGAAACCUCGGUACCAGAUUAUCAACGCAAAUGUGGCGACCCAUUCGCCCAAUCACUCGGGACCCAUUCGCGGUAUCAGAUGCCCGAAGUAUACCGGACUCGGACCUGGUCUUUGUCCCGGUGCGGUUCCCGGAUCAUGAUACGGAGGCCGUCGAAGUUCGACCGCCGACUGCCUCGCCUCACAAAUGGUACUUUAAAGAUCAACAACAGGUCGAUGACGUGCUAUUCUUCAAGCAAGUGGACUCGAGCAUGAAGCCCGGUGUCCCUAGGAGGGUUCCUCAUUGUGCCUUUAAGGAUACUGAUUUGCCAGAAGGCGCUGGUGAGCCAAGGGCUAGCAUCGAGGUCAGAGCAUUUGUUUUCUACGACGAGGACUAA